AUGACCUCAGAGGCCAGAAACGCUUCCCGCAGUGGGCAGGACUUCGUCCUCCUGGGCUUCCCUUGCCGCCGGGAAGUCCAGUUCCUCCUCUUCUCUAUAUUCUUUGUGACCUACACGCUGACGCUCCUUGGAAACACGGCCAUCGUGUGUGCGGUGCACGGGGACCGCCGACUUCACACCCCGAUGUAUGUCCUGCUGGCCAACUUCUCCUUCCUAGAGAUCUGCUACGUCAACUCCGAUGUGCCCAACAUGCUGGCCAAUCUCCUCUCCCAGACCAAAACCAUUUCCUUCGCUCGGUGCCUGCUCCAGUUGUACUUCUUCUUCUCCCUGGGCACAACCGAAUGCUUGUUUCUGUCCAUCAUGGCCUAUGACCGCUUCCUUGCCAUCUGCCGCCCCCUGCACUAUCCCACUGUCAUGACUAUUAAGUUCUGCAUCCGUCUGGUCAUCUUUUGCUGGGUCUAUGGUUUUCUCUGGUUUCUGAUCCCCGUGAUACUCGUGACCCAGCUACCGUUUUGCGGCCCGAAUGCAAUUGAUGACUUUCUGUGUGACCUGGGUCCUCUGCUGACCUUGGCUUCAGCCUGUGUCCCAAUCCCAGGGACUGUUCUCAUCUGUGGCACCAUGAGUUCCCUCCUCAUCUUUGCCACCUUCCUGUACAUAAUUGGCUCCUACAGCCUGGUGGUGCGGGCUGUAGUGCAGGUGCCCUCCAGAGCCGGCCGGAAGAAGGCCUUUUCUACCUGCUGCUCGCAUCUGGCUGUCGUGUUUCUAUUCUAUGGUUCCGUCAUGAUGACAUAUGUGAGCCCAGGGUCAGGACAAGCAGAGGGAAUGCAGAAGUUCACGACUCUAUUCUACUCAGUUUUGACCCCUUUUUUCAACCCCAUGAUCUACAGCCUCCGGAAUAAAGAAAUGAAGGCUGCCUUGAAGAAAAUUCUGGGAGGUUCCUAA